GGGGACCUGGGCCGGACCAGUGCCUGUCUUGCCGCCGCUUCAGUAGGGGAAGGAUCUGCAUAGAAUCUUGUAACCUCUAUGAUGGUGAAUUUCGGGAGUUUGAGAAUGGCUCCAUCUGUGUGGAGUGUGACCCCCAGUGUGAGAAGAUGGAAGAUGGUCUCCUCACAUGCCACGGACCGGGACCUGACAACUGUACAAAAUGUUCUCAUUUUAAGGAUGGCCCAAAUUGUGUGGAAAAAUGUCCAGAUGGCUUACAAGGGGCAAACAGUUUCAUUUUCAAGUACGCAGAUCAGGAUCGGGAGUGUCAUCCAUGCCAUCCAAACUGCACCCAAGGGUGCGUAGGCUCAAGUAUUGAAGACUGCAUCGGCCUGAUGGAUAGAACUCCCCUGAUUGCAGCUGGAGUCAUCGGUGGGCUCUUCAUCCUGGUUAUCGUGGGUCUGACAUUUGCAGUUUAUGUUAGAAGGAAGAGCAUAAAAAAGAAAAGAGCCUUGAGAAGAUUCCUAGAAACAGAGUUGGUAGAACCCUUAACCCCCAGCGGCACUGCACCUAAUCAAGCUCAACUUCGUAUUUUGAAAGAAACUGAGCUCAAGAGGGUAAAAGUCCUUGGCUCGGGAGCUUUUGGAACCGUUUAUAAA